AAGAAAGAGAGAGGAGAGAGAGGCGACUUUGCGACUGAGGGGAGGGGAGGGCCGAAUAAUUAAUGGGCAGUUCCACCGCAGCUAAAUUGUACCCUAUCUCCUUUUCUUAUUAUUUCUUAUUUUUGUUUCGCUCGCAGAUUUAGCUUACGGCGCACAGUAAUACGUCGAUUAAAGACUAAUUCAAUUGGGAUGCCUUAGUAUUGUUAUUGCGACCAGAAAUGCCUAAAGCGCUUGGGCAACCGUUGAGGAAUGACAGAGAGGAACAUCAUCAUUAUGCCAAUUGCAGUCGUGCAAAGACAUCACCGAAAACGCCACAGCGUCUCAAUUUCUGGUCCACGGCGCCAAAGAAGGUGGUAUUCUGGCAACCAUGAUCAAAACCGGAGUUGUUCAGGGCGUAGGCAAGACUUGGUGGUGCGGAGGCUGGACCAUCCUAUGCCGGACGUUGGGAGCGACGCAAAUUGGCUCUGGCAAUCAUUUGGCUGCGGGGCUCACAGCCACCGAUUGACAGACGAUGGCGUGUGCCUGAAACCUAGCGGGUUGAGACAUGCGACGACUGGACAAAUCGAUCACCCUGAUAUCCCCUCACUGUGUCACCCUCUGGACAUUUUCUGGCUCGCCCAGACGUUGAAAGCGACACGCGUUUCCAGGGCGGUGGGCCGGGCGGGUGGGCCUGCAUUCAGUCCAGGCCGAUGUUUCGAACUUGAGAUCCUUUGCCACGAUCUAUUUACAGCACAACCCACAAAUGCGAUGGUCACAUCAUGGGAGACGUCGCCGAUGAUCAACUGCCGCGGUGGAUGGGAUUGUUGCACGGAUCUUCUUGCUGAUGCGUCCCAAAGCGCCACGCCAGCAAUAUUCGAAGAUCCUGGCGUCAACAUGAACUCACUGCGCUGCGUUCGUCAAAAGGCCAAUUUUGUUUCGUAUUACCGCAGUUGAUCAGAAUCAAUUAGAAUUGGCAAUUGUCAUUUGCCAGGUUAGCAGUGUUUCUAGUGUAAUACCGUCAUUUAUUGUUCAAUCUGGAACAUGUCUCAGCACCUCGGGAGGCUUGGAGGCUUCUGAUGCACACUCAAUUAUGUGGAACGGUCCGAGCAAAAGGGACGAGGUGUUCAAUCUCCUGGGGUUAAGCAGCACUAGUAAAUGGGUUGAAGGUAUCCUACAGAGUAUUGAUAGUCAAGGUUUCACUGUCUAACAAUACACCGUAUAUC